AUGCAAAUGACGAUACAUGCCAGUCGAUUGUACAUUGUCAUGGCAUUUGGUUUUCGUGUUUGCCUCUGUGUCCUUGUGCUUCCCUGUCUCCUCGCUGUGGUUGCUAAGGAGGAGAAGCCGCUUGUCUUCAGGAAGGGAAACAUAAACUUCACAUUGGAGUCCCUCGAGACGUUCUGCGAUCACGACUAUGUGGAGUACUUUCGCAAGGUGCCCAACGCGGGGCUGCUCUACACCUUCCGCGUGACCCGGCCGGCCACUGCCUUCUCCAUUGACAUCACCGGGAAGGUGCUGAACACCCAGAAAGUGAUGUACCGGACUGAAAACAUAAACGGGUGCGAAUUCCUCAGGAAUCCCCUAAUGAGCAAAGUUUUCGGCAUCAUUUACAAGCAUCUGGUGGUCAAUGGCACUUUCUUUGAGUGCCCCAUCAAGCCGAAAGUGUACUUUCUGAAGAACGAGGGCACGGUGGCGGUACUGCCCUCCUUCCAUCCGCCCGGACGCUUUCAGAUCUCCAUGAGGGUAAAAAUGGCCGAGAGCCGCCAGCCGUUUGUCAUGGAAAUGCUCUGGAAGUACAGAGUUGUUCGCAUCAAAUAA